AUGACACAGACUAUGGAGCCGUGUGGACCAGCGGACGACGAAGAAGCUUCUUACCAGACUUUCUCCUCAGCCUCGUCUCAGCCCACCUAUACAACUGCGGGGACCAUCUACAAUCCCAACUCUUCGCAGCGGCUCCAGCCCCCCGCUCGCCGUGGCCGCUUGCUCAAAUUGAAUUCCGAAGCCAGCGGGUUCCCUCUUGAUGCCACCAAGUUUAGCACGCCCAGAACUAUGCUCCCCGACGCACAGUCAAGACCUGACACCAGCGUCAAAGUGCCAGCCGCCACAGCCAUCCCGCAGUAUAGCCCUCUACAGCAAAACUAUGAUCGCGCAGUUAGCCCUGUUGUUAGCCCGCUCCAAGAACCCAGAAUGUCAUCUCAGGGCCUCAGACGGCAUAACACGUCCCUCCUUGCCAGAGAUGGCUCGCCACCACUCUCCCUCUUUGAUAAUGGCAAGGGGAAGGCGGUCGCCAUCAACAACGACAGCUCUAGUGAUGAUGAGGACGAUAUCGUCAACAGUGCCCUCAUGAACAUGACUGUCAAAUCUCUUCAGAACCUGGCUUCGUAUCCGAACCCGAACCAAAAGAACGCUCAGAAGGCGCUCCUUCGGGGGACAAGACCAAAGGCCGGCGGCAGCCUAGGCGGCGGCCCAUCUAGGCUGAGCACCCCUUUCAUAUACCGCAACGAGAGCAGUCAAGGCGGAGCACGGAUCUCCUCAAGUGAAGAAGUCUCAAUGGGACUCAGGCCUAUUCUAUCGGAACCCGGCAUUCUGUACCAGAGAACCCAGGACAGUCGAUGGAGGUCUCGAAAGAUGGCAUCCGAAGCUGGGGCAAGUGGUACCUAUCACGGCGCCCUCGAAUCGCGGCUUUCGACCCCCUCUACAAACAGCGACAACACAGAUCCCAAUUCGUUGGCGUCCAUGCAUCUCGCCACAGGCCCAGGUGCGCCCAAACCCUUGACUGCCGGGCCUCCCGGACAACGCCAGUAUCGUCCUUCAACGUUUGAGUCGACAUUCAAAGCACUCACGACUCGAUCGGCAGCCUCUCAAGGUUUUAUCGCCGAAGCUGACGACGACCGUCCUUCAUUUGCUUUCAAGGUUUUCAACACCGUGCCAUCGACUCCUCAAGAGUCCGUGGCAGAAGAUGAAGAAUACAUGUCGGCUCCUGAAUCGUCAUUCAGAGCGUCCAACACCAUGCCGGCACUUUCACAGAGCCCACUCGCUGAGUAUGAGGAGAACCCGAUGAUUUCUCCCGACACUCUGCUGUACUUGACCAUCAACUCUGACCCCGACUGCACCGCUGAGUAUGCUUGCGGGUGUACCUGUCAAGUUUGUGAGAAGGCAGGAGCAAGCACUGCAAACUCUGGUGCCCAGAGACAAGGCUACUCCGGUUCAGUUGACCCGGAUACCUCAUGGAACCACCCCCCCGGAAUGUACCGUGCCCAUGAAGAACGGGACGAGCCCACGGGCCCAAUGUUUCCCCAGUCAAUGGGAUAUCCAGGACGCUUGACCGCUAGGGAGAUUCAAGAGCACAAUUGGCGACUCAACGUUAUGUGGUAUGCAGGAACCGGUUUACUGGGAGACAUUGAUGCGGCACAAGUGCUCUCCCGGCCUGCUAGCCAUAAUGUUAGCCCACCAGUGACAAGGAAUAUUUACGGCGCAGUGGGCCAGGGCCGUCCCAGCCGAACUGGACAGGAAAGGCCCGCUGCUCAAGGAAACGCUACUUGGCCAUCAAGAAGCAUGUCAUUGAAGUCUGUCGACAGCGACGUUACGAACGGCCUCGCGCUUUUGGACCAUGUCUUGAGCAGGGCUGCCUGA